AACUGUCGGGAGCCAUGAGAGAAGGAAAGGGAACACCAAAGAAAAGAAGACCAAGUAAUUAAAUAAAGGAACACCAAGUGAAAACCAAAAUAAAAUAAAAUACACAAUUAAACAAAUCACCUGCUUAAAAAUACAAAACAAUCCUCCCAAACCAAACCCCCGGGGUCCUACUGUCGGGACGCAUCCAACGUCCCACCUAACCAACUUCUCCCCUAGUUCGGUCAAGAAUAAACAAGAGCUAACGCAGGCAAGGUCGGCAGGCCACAAGAGGACCUGUCUGUGCCACACGGUGCCCCAACAGCACGCCCACCACAACACUCUUAACUUCAGAAUCGUCAAAAAAAAUUGGAAUACCAAAAGACAAAUCAGGAGCGGUCACAAGCCCCCCCAAAAAACAAAACUUCCGCAACCACGCUCUUCUACCAAUUUGCGCCCUACUGGCGGCCGAAAAGAUUAAAACAAUCCCAGAGGCCGGGAGGUCAUAGGAUAAGAAAAGCGGUUAAGCCAAAAAACAAAAUAAAAGAACCCCCCGAUUAAUCGAAAAGUAUAUUUAAUAAAAUUUAUAUAAACAUUGAAAUAAAGAGAACAAAGAGACACAAAUCGGUCAACCCUUCCAGGGCUCAGUCUCCGGUUGGUUAUACGACUAGACACGUCAGACUAGACCCCCAAAACAGACCUGCCUUUAACCUUUCUCCUGGAGACUUUCACUCCCGACGGACACACACAGACCGUCUGCCCUGCCGUCUCAUCAGGGCCUCGAAGCCAGCGACUCCAAAGAACGUCGAGAGGGGAGGCAUGGUUCACCAAUUGCAGCACUGUUACAGAAUGCCAGUAGUGGAGAAGAUUGGUCGCCGCAACAGCAUCCCCAUUUUAUACACACGUGGGACUCACUAUGAAGUUGGAUUUGACGUGGGAUGCACUUUCAGAGGCUUCAUUCAUAGUUUAUUGGCUGCUUCACAACCACUGAACGAGGUGUUUCUGCCACUGUUUGAGACAGAGGCUGGGCAGAAGGUGUACCAUGAGACUCUAUCAUCUGUCCGCCAGAACUUCCCACAGUAUUUGAAGGAGAUGGAAGGAACAGCUGAUGGAGCUCAAGUGCCCUUCUAUAAGUUGUUUCUGCUUCAUAUGGAUGAAAUUCUGCCCAAUGUCUUGCGGGAGCAGCCAACCAAAACCCAUGGUACAGGAUGUUCCACUGUUUGCUGCAACAAUCCUGGAGAGGAGAUUCUGGGUCAUACUGAAGAUGCUUUGUCUGAAGUGUUGAAUCAUGUCUACUUUGUGUCAGCUCAUAUCAUCUCUGACUUGCCACAAGGUCGUUGGAAAGUAACUGAGGAAAAGCAAAGUGUUUGCAAUCUGAACGGUCCUGGCAUUUUACUUACAGCUCGACACUUUUUGACAAGAGCUCUGCUAGCAGCUGAGAACUUUAGCCAGGCACAAGAGAUUCUGCGGGACUCUGGUUGUGGAGCUGGAGAUGCAGUCAGUAUCAAUAUGACAUUCCUAAACCAAGAGGGGGACCGACUGUUCCAUAAUGCAGAGGUAGGACCAGCAGUGGGUGGAGCUAAUGAAUCAGCUCUUAAUAUUUUUACUGCUAGUCCUGGAGAACACAUCUUUCAUUGUAACAAGUAUUUGAGACUGCAGAGUCCUGAAGCAGGUGGUGAAAUAACGACGAGUAGCGACCAUCGUCAUGCCACCAUGAGCAGUUUACCUUGCCCUUAUUCCAGAGGAGAUGUUAUCAAUAUAUUGGGUGAUCAGUCUGAUAAAGAGUACUCCAUCUUCCGUGAAUCUGGGGAUGAUGAUUAUGUUAAGACUGUGGCUGUAGGAAUAUUUGACUGUGUUGGACGAACAUGGAGUAUCUAUACAGAUAAUCCAAUGACAAAUGAACCAGUUAUAGUUCUGCCUCUUCAGUUUAAGCCAUCAGUCAAGUGAAGACAUUUGUGACAUGUGCAAUAUAAUAUAGAACCUAUCCUGUAAGCUGUUUUCAGAACCAGAAGCGGGAAUUGAAAUUAGGUCACAGUUGAGGGCAUCACAAAACUAUAUCAACAGCAUAGAUAGUAUCUGACAUAAUAGGAAAUCAUCAGUCCUCAAGUGACAAGAUAGCACUGUUCAGUGGUUAGUACUCCUGCUUCAUAUUCAGGUCUGAGGUUCAGAUCACACUGGAGGCAGCUAAUCUUAUUUGGGGGGGGGUUUGUGGCUGCUUCUUUCCACAACUUUAACAGAUUUUC